UCACGAUUCCCUCUCAUGUUCACGCUGCGCAGCAAGGCAUUCACGGCGGAUGACGUAGAAGCGCUAGUAUCUUUGCUGCGACGGGCUGCUGCCACUAACAAGGUUGCUAUCGAUCUAGCUAGCUUCGUAGUAAAGAUGUCUGAUAUGGAAGAUGACUUCAUGUGCGAUGAUGAAGAGGAUUAUGAUCUGGAAUACUCAGAGGACAGCAACUCUGAGCCCAAUGUUGAUUUAGAGAAUCAAUACUACAAUUCAAAGGCUCUGAAGGAGGAUGACCCCAAAGCAGCUCUCAUCAGCUUCCAGAAGGUCUUAGAGCUGGAGGGCGAGAAAGGAGAAUGGGGUUUCAAGGCCUUGAAACAGAUGAUUAAGAUUAACUUCAAACUGACAAAUUUCCCUGAAAUGAUGAACAGGUACAAGCAGCUGUUGACAUACAUCCGGAGUGCAGUUACAAGAAACUAUUCUGAAAAAUCCAUCAAUUCCAUCCUUGAUUAUAUCUCAACGUCAAAGCAGAUGGACUUGCUGCAAGAGUUUUAUGAAACAACGUUGUAUGCAUUAAAGGAUGCCAAAAACGACAGGCUUUGGUUUAAAACCAACACUAAACUUGGGAAGUUGUACCUGGAGAGAGAAGAAUAUGGUAAACUUCAGAAGAUCCUGAGGCAGCUGCACCAGUCCUGUCAGGUGAAGAAACACUCCUCAUCAAUGCAAUCAGAGGUUUUCACAGAGACGGAUGACGGUGAGGAUGACCUGAAGAAAGGCACCCAGCUCUUGGAGAUCUAUGCUCUGGAGAUCCAGAUGUAUACGGCCCAGAAGAACAACAAGAAGCUGAAGGCGCUGUAUGAACAGUCUCUACACAUCAAGUCUGCCAUCCCUCACCCUCUCAUCAUGGGAGUCAUCAGAGAGUGUGGAGGUAAAAUGCAUUUGAGAGAAGGGGAGUUUGAGAAGGCUCACACAGACUUCUUCGAGGCGUUUAAGAACUACGAUGAAUCAGGGAGUCCUCGACGGACCACCUGUCUAAAGUACCUGGUGUUGGCCAACAUGCUGAUGAAGUCUGGAAUCAACCCCUUUGACUCACAGGAGGCUAAACCCUAUAAAAAUGAUCCAGACAUCCUUGCAAUGACUAACUUGGUCAGUUCCUACCAGAACAAUGACAUCACAGAGUUUGAGAAGAUCCUGAAGACCAAUCACAGUAACAUAAUGAAUGAUCCGUUCAUAAGAGAACAUAUAGAAGAGUUAUUACGAAAUAUAAGGACGCAAGUGCUUAUCAAAUUAAUCAAGCCUUACACGAGAAUACACAUACCUUUUAUUUCCAAGGAAUUAAACAUCUAUGUCUGCGACGUGGAAAGCCUCCUAGUUCAAUGCAUUUUAGACGGCACGAUCAACGGCCGCAUCGACCAGGUCAACCAACUGUUGGAGCUGGAUCACCAGAAGAGGAACGGAGCCCGAUACAUGGCUUUAGAUAAAUGGACGAAUCAGCUCAAUACUCUCAACCAGGCCAUCGUCAGCAAACUGGCCUAAUCAGUAGUGUAACUGACGAAAGUUACUAAUUCGAUGUUGAGGAGCGGAGGAGGAGGGGGGUGUAUAUCAACAUGAGUAGUGAGUUAACCCAAUUCGCCUCAUUUACAGUAGCAGAAAGCUUCCUUUUCAAGAUGCCAGUAAUAGACUGAUGAUCUCCACAGCUUCCAAUAUCUAACUUACAGUCACUUCCUGUGAUGUAACAGAUUAUUUAAAGGUAGAAGUCAGAGGUGCCAGUUGCCCAGCUUUUGUUUCUUGGCCUGGGUCCACUCUACUGGUCACAGAUUAAUAGUCCUGAACUAAGGAGCAAGCUCAAUGAGAGUUUUAUUAUUAUUAUUAUUAUUAUUUUAUUUUUUAAGGAGUCAAACUCCUCUUAAUCUGUGGGAAACCGGUCCCUAGUGUCCCAAAACCAACAGAGAGAAGACUGUAAAAAUCCAUUUACUAUCGUGAAACAUGUCCGCUCUACCACAGUAUUGCCCCCUUCUAAUGAAAUGUGAAUACGAAAAUGUAUUGAAGCAUUAAUGAUGGUGAGCAGUGAGAAGGUUUCAUGUCAAAAUCAGCCAUGGCUUUUUCUGCAAGAUGUCCAGGGAUUGGCUGUACAGUCUUUCAUAAAAGGGAGCUCCAGAUGUCCAGUGAUCGCUGUACAGUCUUUCAUAAAAGGGAGCACCAGAUUUCAUGUGGUACAUUGUUAUGACACUGUUAAAAACACAUUUUAUCUUUUGUUUUGUUACUGAAAUAAAAAAGGUAAUUUUUGCUUCACUCUAA